AUGAGUCAAAAUCCAGAAGCCCAACAGCCUCCAGCUGAGGGCGAAAACAAUCCUUUCUUGGCCUCUACCUCUCGAGUUCCUCAUAUGUUCAGCAAUGAGCGGCUUAGAAACGAAGACAGUGGCGAAACUGAAAGAUCGUUUCGCGGAACUAAGAGAUCGCGGCGUGACUCCAUUGGAAGCUAUUCUGUUGUAACGUCUGCUUUAACAACUCCUCUGUCUUUGGCUCAGGACACUUUUUUCACACCAGGCACAAACCUGACUAAUAGGACUAAUCUCACCGCCAUACAAUCCUUUGAUGUAAACUCAAAAAUCGAAAAGUUACUUGGUGAGCGCGACGAAGCGAGUAGAAAAGUACAUGUGUUGGAAAGACAACUGUCAAAUAAAGAAUUUCAGUAUAAUUUAGAUAAGAGAAAGUGGGAGAGAUUACAAGAUAAUCUAAAGAUCCAAAUACAAGAAGUUGAACUCGAAAAAGAAUCUCUUCAACACGAAAAUGAUUCCCUCCGCGAGCAAAAACGACAGGCACUAGAGAGUGAGAAGAGAGCCGAAGAGGCUAGAUCGCAGAUACAGGAACAACUAAUACGAAUAAAGAAUGAACUAGCUGAAGAAAGUCAAAAAGUGUCGCAGAAAUCCACCGAGCUUCAGUAUGCGGAGCAGAAUGUCAGGGAGGCAAAUCGAAAGAUUCACGAAUCGGAAAGAAAGGCGUCGGAGCUUGAGGAACAAAUGAACCAUACAACAUUUAAGCUCCAAGCUCAAGAAAAAUUGGCAAAUUUUCGACAAGAACAAAUCGUCGAAAAAGAGAAAAUGCUUGAUCGUUACAAUCUCGCAGCGUCACAAGUGGAAGGCAUCGAAGCAUUAAAGAAAAAAUAUGAAGAUCAGUUAACAUACGCGGCCUCCUUAAAAGAACAGUUAAGGAAAGAAAAAGAGUGUAGUCCACUAAUUGUGGGACUGUGUCUGGAAAAAGAGUCUUUGCGUCGACAAGUUGAGGAGUUGAAUCGACGCUCUGAAUUAAUGGCCGAUCUGCAAGUCGAAAAAGCCAAAUUAGAACAAGAUACUGUUCUCUGGACCACUGUACUUGACAAGGAUAAACUCGGCUCACCUUAUAAGGUUUCACAAAAUAUAAAGAAUUAUCAGAUCGAGAUUCAGAUGUUGGAAGCAAGAACGCGUUUAUAUGAAGAAUUUCUCGAAAAAAGAAGCGCGGUGAUUGAGUCGUAUGAAGUGAAGAUUCGUCAAUUGGUAAAUGAAAAUUAUCAGUUGUAUCAGUUGUUCGAAAAGGCUAAAGGUAAAUUAUCUGUUGAAGCGAAAAGGGUUUGGGAAGCUCUGAGAACGAGUCACCCAGAUGUAACAACCGAGGAAAAUCCUAAUAAGUGGAAAGAAGAAAUGUUUCCAUUAUUUCAACAAAUGAUAGGAAAUUAUCGUCGGACUGUCGAAGCUGCUAUCAAUGCCAUCAAAUUGACCAAUAAUACAUCAGCUGCGGAACAAGAACAAGAGUCUACUCAAGUUCCGGCGCAUUCUGCUGAGCUUAAACGAGAAUAUAGUACGCUGCAGCAAGCUUCCGAAGGAUUACAAAAAGAAAACGCGUCAUUGAAAAUAGAGAUUGCGACGCUUCAGAAACAAUUGGCAAUAUACGAAGAAACCUUGGAAAAAGAGAAAGAAACCGCUUUAAUCAAUGCGAGAUUGUUAAAGGAUGCGCAAAAAACGGUCAAGGAAUUGCAGGUGGAAAAUGAAAAAUUGAAGACAGCUUUCACCUCCUUGGAGAAAGAAAUGGGUAAUUUUGAAACGUUAGUGCAACGACGAGAAUUCGAUGAGCAAAUGAAUAGGGUCUUGCAACUCGACGAUAAUCCAGAAUCUCAAUUAUUUGCAGAAAGACAAUCAACUUUGGAUAAUCUACGCGCUGAAAACAAGCAACUUCUUCAACAAAUAAAACGACUAAAGAAAAAAUUAUCAAAGUCCGCCAACAACCAAAAUGAAGGAGACGACGUCACAGAUGAGACAAUUAUAGAAGAUAAUGAGUUGAAUGACGACGAUAAUAUUGAUGAAGGUUUCAUACCAGCGCAAAGCUUCAAAAACUUAGAAGAAGAAAAUAAAAAGUUACGAGAACAAAUCGAUGCAAAGGAUACCAGAUUCACGAGAUAUAAAGAGCUUUGGAGCGUAAAAUUCAAAGAAUACAAAGAAUCCGUCUAUCGACUUCUCGGAUAUCAAUUUGACCUUUUGGAGAAUGAACGUGUUCGAUUAACGUCCUCAUAUCGCCAGGACCAAUCAUUUCUGUUUAAUAAUCUAGAUAUGCGACUUAUUGGUGCUGAUCAAACUAACUUCUCCAAUUUGUACCAGUUUUGGGUCACGGAACGAAAUUCGAUUCCUGGUUUUUUGAGUAGUUUGACAUUGGAGCUUUAUGAAGAAACUACACGUGGACGUAAUGCUGGGUGGAUCGAACCGAGUGGUAUUAAUAAUUCAUAA